AUGUGUUUGAAAUUAUCUCGAAUAAAAUUUAAUAAUAUUAAUUUAUGCAAGAGAAGAAUUAACCUUGAGUCUGAAUCAUGCAACCUCAAUUCAGUCAUAAUGAUACAAACAGUGCUUCUCUUAAUAUUUAUUGUGGUGCUCUUUAUUAUUAUUUAUAUAUGGUGGUACCAAAACUUUUCUCGCUCUUUUUCUUUCUUAAAUAAAGUACCAGGACCUCCUGGGUACCCAAUUAUAGGUAACAUUUUCCAAUUCCUUGCAUCUCCUGAAGAACUAUUUAAACUCGAUCGGGAAUUAUGUCGUCGGUACUACCCGAUAUAUAAAGAAUGGACUUUGACUUAUGGUGCUGUCAAUCUUUUACAUCCAGACGAUAUCGAGUUGGUGUUAUCAAAUAGCAAACACAACGAUAAAAGCGCCAUCUAUGAUUUUUUGCAUUGUUGGCUGGGUACCGGUUUACUAACCAGCAGUGGUACCAAAUGGCAAACACGUCGAAAAAUCCUAACACCGGCUUUCCAUUUCAAUAUUUUGCAAGAGUUUGUCCCCAUUUUCAACGAAGAGACACUUAAACUGGUCCAAGUGAUCGAAAAUGACCCACCAAUCGAUGUUAUCCCAGCUAUAACGCAGUUCACCCUUCUGUCAAUCGCAGAAACUUCAAUGGGGGUUAAAUUGGAUGCAUCUCCGAAAAAUUGUGAUGACUACAAGAAUGCUAUCCACGUUUUUGGCUACGCUUUGACUUACAGACUGGCUAGGCCUUGGCUAUACAACCCGACUGUUUUCUUCAAUUUAACAAGACUUGGUCACGUGACCAAGCAAAGUAUCAAGAUUUUGCAUGACUUUUCGAGAAAUGUAAUCGAACAAAAGAAAAGGAUGUUUGAAAGCGGUGGGCGGGGCAAGAGGAUGGCAAUGUUGGAUUUGUUACUAUUGGCUAAAAGCCAUGGGGCGGAGAUCGAUGACGAAGGCAUAGCCGAGGAGGUUGAUACUUUCAUGUUCGAGGGCCACGAUACGACCUCAAUUUCGAUCUGCUAUACUCUCCUUCUUUUGGCCAACCAUCCAGAUAUUCAAGACGAUCUUUAUGCCGAACUCAAAUCAGUCCUCAAUGACCCAACUCAAACUCCCUCUUACAGUGACCUCAAACAACUCAAUCUUAUGGAACGAUGUAUCAAAGAAUCGCUCCGGAUUUUUCCGAGUGUCCCUUUUAUUUCGCGUUUGUUAACUGAAGAUUUGACCACAGCUUCUGGUUAUCUUAUUCCAAAAGGCUCAAUGGCUCACAUACACAUCUACGAUUUGCACCACAAUCCUGAGAUUUAUCCCGAUCCUGAGAAAUUUGAUCCUGACCGCUUUCUUCCUGAGAACUGUCAAAAGAGGCAUCCUUUCGCAUAUUUGCCUUUUAGCACUGGUCCGAGGAAUUGUAUUGGUCAGAAAUUUGCAAUGUUGGAGUUGAAAGCUGUGUUGUGUGGUAUUUUGGGGAAUUUUAUGUUGGAAGCUGUGGAUAAGCCAAUAAAUGUGGUCAUGAUUACAGAUUUGGUGCUUAGGUGCAAGGGACCAAUCAGAAUCAAGUUUGUGCCAAGAAAUAAAAUAAAUUUUUGAUAUGUGACUGGUCAGUCCUACGUGUCAACUGACGUCACUGGAGUAAAAAUUUACUUUCAAACAGUA